AUGCGCAGGCAUCCCAGAACCAGAAGCAGCGCGGGGCCGGGCAUGGCGGCGGCGGCCGAGGGUGUCCCAGAGACCCACCGCGAGGAGCCCGCUCGGGAUGAUGCCGCCGUGGAGACCGCUGAGGAAGCAAAGGAGCCCGCUGAGGCUGACAUCACUGAGCUCUGCCGGGACAUGUUCUCCAAGAUGGCAACUUACCUGACUGGGGAACUGACGGCCACCAGUGAAGACUAUAAGCUUCUGGAAAAUAUGAAUAAACUAACCAGCCUGAAGUAUCUUGAAAUGAAAGAUAUUGCUGUAAACAUCAGUAGAAACUUAAAGGACUUAAACCAGAAGUAUGCUGGACUACAGCCUUAUCUGGAUCAGAUCAAUGUAAUUGAGGAGCAGGUAGCAGCUCUUGAGCAGGCAGCCUACAAGUUGGAUGCGUAUUCAAAAAAACUGGAAGCCAAAUACAAGAAGCUGGAGAAGCGAUGAAAAACUUAUUCCUAUGGGACAAAGUCUUUUUUAAUGUGGGAAGAAUGUUUUAUAAGACCUGAAUCUUGAGGCUGAUGAAUUGUCAAAACUCCUCAAAAGGCAACUAUGCUGGUCGUCCCAGAAACUUCGCAACAUUGGAGUAAACUGGAGGACUCUGGCUACUCCUGGAAGAACUUCUUCUGAGGCAGAAUCCCUCAAAAACUCACGCUUAUAACUCCUUACCUUUUACUUGAAUGCUUCAUCAUCCAUUCAGGACAGAGACUCUCUCAAAGUUUGCAUAAACCUGGACUUGCCAGUAGAAUCAAACAAGCGGGCCUGUUUUCCCUGGUAGCAGUUGAUUACUACGUUAUUUUCUUAAAUGGUUUGUUUUUGAGUUACUGUGUAAAUGGUGGUUUUUUUCUAUUAAGGAUAUAAUGUAUUGCUAACAAGAUUCUAAAUUUAAAAAGGAAAACAAAACAGUCUUGUUCUUGACAGUUUGUCACCUUGUGAAUGUCAGUAAUUUACUUUUCCAUAACAUUGCAAAUAACAGAAAAUCUUAAAACAAUUUCAGGCCAAGUCUUCUAGACUGAACAGAAACAGUGAAAGGAGUGUUGUUGCGAUAGUUUGGUGUAUGUGAUGGGCCCCUCCUGUCUCUUCUCUGUAUGAGUCAGAUGGCUGGGGAUGGAUAUCAUCUUGGCAUGUGCUCCCUUUUGGAAAUAUAAGGACAGGAUGUGUACGUGUGUGUACGUGUUAGGUGGGGAGGUGGGGCUGCCACUCGGGCUGCUACUCAUUAAAUAAAGCAUUUUUAUAAAAUA